UGUCAUGUUAAGGAACAGUCAUAUACACUAAAAAACUGUCAAAUCAUUAAAUUCAACACAUAUUAUGAGCAAAAUUAUUGAUAGUACCGAUGAAUCUGAAACUAUUGUAAGCGACGGAGAAAAAGAACUAGAAAUCGAGGAAAUUUUCAAGAAAGUUGAAACAGAAAAUGGAGGAUCUUCCGUGUACAAGAAACUGAUGUGGAUUAGGGACUUACCAAUGAACGAAGGAUGUUUUGAAUCUCCUAUAGACAUUAACUUAAAGAAUGCUAAAGAGAUGGAUUUACCACCGUUAAUCUGGAUGAAUUUCGAAACCCCUCCAAAAAAAACUAAAAUCACUAAUACGGGACAUACCAUAAUUUUCAGUGCAAAAUGGAAGGAAGAAAGACCAUACAUUGCGAACGGUCCACUUAUUGGGAAAUACGUUUUCUCUAAUUUCCACUUCCAUUGGGGAGCUGAUGCAAUGGAAGGUAGUGAGCACAGCGUGGAUGGAUACAAAUAUCCAGCAGAACUCCAUGUCCUCUUCUUUAGGAGCAGCUAUCUUACUCAGGAAGCGGCAUUAAAGGAACAAGAUGGAUGUGCAGCGUUGGUGUAUUUGUUUAAUCUACAAGACGAGAUAAAUCCAACGUUUCAAAUAAUAAUACAGUCCUUAGAACACAUAGCAGAUGCAAAUUGUUCAAAGAAAAUUGAAAAUAUUGUCUUAACAAAACUGAUUAAACCUUUUCAAGAUGACUACUUUUUUUACUGGGGAUCUGUUAGUACUGAAGACUGUAUCCAUUACAUUAUGUGGUUAAUAGCAAGAGAACCUAUAGGAAUCUCAAUUGAGCAGCUCAAUGCAUUGCGGUACAUCUUUGACGAAAACGGAGAUCCUCUUCUACGUAAUUAUCGUGAAGUUCAAGAUUUACAUAACAGAACUAUCCUCCAUAUUUCUCCAUCAACAUCACGAUACGCUACUUUACUUCCGUUACCUGGUUAUGAACAUCCUCCAGUACAAGAAUGUUAAGCAUAUGAAUCUAAGAAACGAAGAGAUUAUUCAAAAAAUGUGAUUUUAUUACCGGUUUUAUCAGUAUUCAAAAUUUAUAUUCAUUAAUUUAUACAUUCACUUAACUUUAUGCAAAAUAUACAACAAUCAAUAAACAACUACAGACAGUUAAA